GGCUGUCCAACGGUCGGCCUGCUUUAUUCUACACGGUUAGUCGCUUACAUCGAAGUGCAUAGAUAUUUUCAUUCGAUAUCUGUUUCUUCACAAUGGGAACACUCUCCGUGGUUCCCCUUCUUUUUCUACGUUUUUGGAUAUCGGCGUCCAUCUCGUGCCUAGACGAUGAAGGGAAUGAAAUUGACUGGUUUAUAGGUUAUAAGUUUCCGCGGAGUUUCCGCUAUGCGUUCAUUUCGCCUGGUGUGCAGUCAUGGAGGAACUCUUCUCAUAACAUUAGCACGGGAGGAAUGUUGUACAAAACUUACGAGGCCAUGUAUAAACUCGUGAACGAGACUAGUGCAUUGUUUGGCUUAUAUAAUGACGAGAAGUCCGAUUCACCAACCAUGUCGCACUACUACUGGUGGGGCCACAUGAAGGGCGCCUUUGCAUUUGAUAAAUCGGGUACCGGAUUCUGGAUCAUACACAGUGUUCCCAAAUUGUCCGAAGAAAAAGGUCGAUAUGUUUAUCCGUUUACAGGGUUUGUAUAUGGGCAGCACUUUUUCUGCGUGUCGCUAAACAACUCCUUCCUUACCUCCUUGGUCACUCAGCUGGCUGUAUCGAGACCUUGGAUUCAAGACUCUUAUAUUUCGCCAGAGCUCGCAGCACGCUAUCCCCAGAUUCCACUAUUAUUUAGAAAUGUGUCCUUAACCGUAAACAUUUCGGAAACGGAACCUUUCUACUCAUUGCAUGGAAGUUUGACGAUGCGACAUUUUUCCAAAUCCUCGGCCUGUCAUAAAGAUCUUUAUGCGGACGUUAUUGCACCCUACCUGCGAUUAGGAUUGAACGUGGAGAGUUGGCAGCACGGGGAAAACGAGCCCUCCAUUUGUAAUUCAGGUAGCCCGGCGGUCUUCAACGUUCAGUCGGUGAACUUCAGUCUUCUGGAUGUCCACUUUUUGUCCUCUCAAGAUCACGCCAAAUGGGCCGUUACGCUUCGUACCCAUAGCGCUCCGGUGAAUGAUAUGUGGGUGUGCCUUGGCGACUUGAACCGACAGUUCUCACAGUUCAACCGUGGUGGUGGGACGAUGUGCCUGCAAAGUAGCCGCAUCUGGGAGGCCUUCUACUCCCUCAUUUAUUCUGUGGAGCCCUGCAAAGUAACUCCAAGAAUUCGUUCCACUUGCUGCUUCAUGGACUAGACCUGGGA